AUGCCUACAACAGGCGAACAUGAGACAGCCGCUCAGCAGCAGCCCGAUGGCAAUGUCGAGCAGAACGGGACGGGUGACCAGUCGCCUACGCAGCUAGCGACGGGUCGCACUCAGCAGAGAGUGUCAGCACCGCCUCCCGUGAGCGGGAUACGACCACCACCCCAAUUGACUAUAAAUCGCGGAGUGAUUGAGGGGUGGAAAACAUGGCGUCAGAUGUGGACGAACUACAGCGUGGUAGCACAUCUGGAUCGCCAAGCAUCAGUGUACCAGACGGCAUUGUUUUUGCAUACAAUCGGCCCGUUGGGACUAGAAAUAUACAACAGUUUUGUUUUCGCUAAUGCCAAUGGGGAAACUAGCAACCUGGAUGAGAUAAUAGAGGCAUUUGAACGGUACGCUGUCGGUGAGAAGAAUGAAACCUACGAGAGAUACCUCUUCAAUAAACGGCAACAAGAACCAGGUGAGAGUUUUGAGUCAUUUCUUGCCAAUCUCAGAUCUCUCGCCAAAUCAUGUAAUUUCUGUAAAUGCAUGACAGACAGCCUCCUCCGGGACAAGAUAGUGCUGGGCACCAAUGAUGCGCAGACGAGGAAGCAACUACUACAAGAAAGGAAACUGACACUCGGUGGCUGCAUCGACAUCUGUAAGAGCGCAGAGACAGCUGAAUCGCACCUCAAAGCUUUCAGUGAGGCCGGUAGCAGCAGAUCAGCGGCUCAUAUCCAUAAGAUCCGGCCAAGCUUUAAGAAAGGAAAGCAGAGCGGUGGACCAAAAAGAGAUAACAGCAAGCGCAGCACUGGCAAAGCAGCAAAAUCUCAAUGCAAGUACUGUGGCAGGGAGCACCCGAGGGACAAAAACAAAUGUCCAGCCUACGGACAAACCUGCAAGGCAUGUGGAAAGCAAAACCACUUCGCCAAUGUGUGCAUGCUGAGCAAACGAAUGCACCAAGUAAAUGAUCCAGCCGACAGUGACUCGAGCACCGAGUAUAUAGACAAUGUCACAAUCACCAUCAACACCGUUAAACCGAGAGAUGAGGUGUAUGCCAGAAUGAUGAUCAAUGAGAAAGCAGUAGACUUCCAGGUGGAUAGCGGGGCUAGUGCCAACAUCCUGCCAUUGAGACACCUGGAAGGGGCUGACUACGUCCUGAAACCUAGCAAGAAAAAGCUCAUGAUGUGGAACGAAAUCACAAUGGCCAUCGAAGGCGUCAGCAGGGUCAAGAUGCUAAACCCCAAGACGAAGCAGAAAUAUUCGGUGGAAUUCAUAGUGGUGGACAAGGACUUCACACCGUUGUUGGGAAGCACAGUCAGCCAGCAUUUGAAGCUCAUCACGGUCAAUAAUGAGAACUUCAUAAGAGUUCACGCAGCUUCCAGCCAGAAAGACAAGGCAUGCAAGCCUGAAGAACGCUAUGCAGAAGUCUUUGAUGGAGAGCUGGGAGAGAUGCCUGGAGAGGUCAACCUGCAAGUGGAUAAAGAGGUGCAGCCCACCAUCUUACCUCCAAGAAGACUACCCCAUGCAAUCAAACAAAAAGUGAAAGCAGAGUUGGAUCGCAUGGUUGACCGUGAAGUGAUCGCGAAGGUGACAAAACCGACGAGUUGGGUCAGCCAACUAGUGGUGGCUGAGAAAAAGAAUGGUGACCUUAGGAUAUGCAUUGAUCCACGGCCACUGAACAAGGCACUCAAACGCGAGCACUACCCUCUACCUAUAGUUGAGGAUAUCUUGCCAGAUCUCAACCAAGCAAAGAUCUUCAGCAAGCUUGAUAUGAGUUCUGCAUUCUGGCAAGUGAAACUUGAUGAGCCCUCAAGCCACCUGACGACAUUCAACACGCCCUUUGGCCGCUACCGAUGGCGCCGUUUACCAUUCGGUACAAGUGCCUCAUCAGAAAUCUUCCAGCAAAGAUUGCAUCAAGCACUUGAAGGACUGCCAGGGGUGAUUUGCGUAGCAGACGAUAUCCUUGUGUAUGGGAAAGGGACAACGAUGGAAGAAGCAAUCAUCGACCACGACUCAAAGCUUGAGCAAUUGUUCCAGCGAUGUGUUGAACAACACAUCAAGCUCAACAAGGAGAAGUCCGUGUUCAGAGCAACUGAGAUUCCUUUCCUAGGACAUGUCGUCACAAGUGCAGGACUACAGCCUGAUCCAAAGAAGGUUGCUGAUGUCCUCAAAAUGCCAAAUCCCUCUGACGUACAAGGCGUGCAGAGGUUAGUGGGAUUUGUGAACUACCUAAGCAGAUUCUUGCCCAGUCUGUCCGAUACGCUAGAACCCAUCAGACAGCUGACACGCCCAGACAUAGCAUGGGAAUGGUCUACAGAGCAAGCCAACGCAAUGUCAAAGAUCAAAAGAAUGGUUUCAGAAGCACCACUCUUGGCCUACUACAACCCUAAGGAAGAGCUAACCAUCCAAUGCGACGCAAGCAACAAGGGUUUGGGAGCAGCACUUCUGCAGAAUGGACGCCCCAUAGCGUAUGCCAGUAGAUCCUUGACCGACACAGAAUCGCGGUACGCCUCAAUUGAGAAGGAAAUGCUAGCUGUAGUGUUUUCAAUGGAGCGUUUUCAUCAAUACACCUUUGGUCGAUUUACUAGCGUUGUGAGCGACCACAAGCCGCUUGAAAUGAUCAUAAAGAAGCCGCUGGUGAAGGCUCCGAAACGCCUUCAGGGGAUGCUCCUCCGUCUUCAAAAAUAUCAUUUUGAUAUCAGCUAUCAACAAGGAAAGCUCAUGUAUCUCGCAGAUACCUUGUCGCGGGUAGUUGGUGGUGAUCCAAGCGAAGUGAAUUUCUUUGAAGAAGUGAAUAUGGUAGCACAUUUACCUAUCCGAGAUGAGCGCCUUCAGCAAAUUCGUGAGCAGACCGCUGCAGAUCAAGUACUUCAGAAGCUCAAGAGCGUCAUCGUCAGCGGGUGGCCGAAUGACCGGCACACUCUGCCUGAGGAGCUAACACCAUAUUUCGGUUACAGAGAUGAACUAGCAGUUCAUGAUGGUCUAAUCUUCAAAGGAGAGCGUGUGAUAAUUCCAAUAAGCCUUCGCAGGGAGAUGAAGGAAAAGAUCCACUCAUCCCAUCUGGGCAUGGAAGGGUGUCUUCGACGUGCUCGCGAAUCAAUCUUUUGGCCUGGUAUGGCUAGUGAAAUCAAGCAGUUUAUCGCGACAUGUGAUGUAUGCCGAUCAUACGAAGUCAAGCAACAAAAGGAGCCUCUGAUGGCUCAUGAUCUGCCUCAAAGGCCAUGGGAAAAAAUAGGCACAGAUCUUUUCUCAUUGAAGGGAAAAGAUUACAUGGUAACCGUCGAUUACUACAGCAACUUCUUUGAAGUUGACCGAUUGGAUAACACAAGUAGCCAAUUGGUGAUUCGAAAGCUCAAAGCACACUUCGCGAGAUAUGGAAGCCCUACGCAAGUCGUUAGCGACAACGGGCCCCAGUAUACAUCAGCCGUGUUUCGGCAGUUCGCAAGUGAAUGGGAUUUCGAGCAUCUCUGCAGUAGUCCUGGUAACAGCAGAGCCAAUGGAAAGGCAGAAUCCGCAGUCAAAACAGCAAAACGCAUCAUCAUGAAGAGUGAUAAGUCGCGGUCCGAUACUUACCUUGCAUUGUUGGAUCACCGCAAUACACCUUCGCAAGGUCUGGAUACAAGUCCGGCCCAACGACUUAUGAAUCGCCGUACACGCACGCUCUUGCCUACUUCAGCGAGUCUACUCGAGCCAAGGGUAAUACGUGAACGUGAGAAGAUGCAAUUACGUAUCGCAAAGCAAGCGUACAACUACAACAAAUCUGCAAAAGAUUUGACCCCACUGCAGGAAGGUGACACCGUGCGAAUGCAACCUCUUGUCCAGGGGCAAAAGAACUGGGAAAGAGCAAUCGUGAAGCGACGCUUGGAUGAGCGUUCCUACGUUGUCGAAACGCCCUCCGGCAUCUACCGUCGCAAUCGUGUACACUUGCGUCAAACACCUGAAAAUCCUCCUGAUGAAACAACCACGAGCAGCAACGAAACCGCGGAAAUUCAACACGCAAAUGACCACAAUGCAACACCUGAUGAAACUGAAGCGCGGCCUGCCCCUCAGGCAAGCCAAUCAAAUGACAUUGAACUAGCGCCGAAAACUCGUUCAGGGCGUACGGUCAAACGUCCAAACUAUCUGAAGGACUAUGUUACUCAAAAUGUGGCCUCAAGAACUGAACAUAGACAUAUUGCAGAGUCUGACAUAGGACAUGUAGAAGAACUAACAUAUCUUAAGCGUGAGAACUGGAAGCUGAGAACCAAAAUUCAACUAGAAAGUGAGAUACGAUCAGCAGAGCGGAAGAAGAAAGCAGAGACACAUCAAUGGAGCUCCUGGAAAACAAGCUCAGAGUGGUAA